AUGAACACCGGUUCCUGCUCUUCUAAUAGUUUACAUAUAUUAAAUGUUCUAUCAAAUAAUAGUUCUAGGUUUGCUAUACAGGCCUCUAAGGAGGAUGAUACUCGAUCCAUUCCGAAUGUAAUUUUCGAACCCCUCGAGGAAGUGAAAACGAAGCUCCAUGUCAUUCCCGCUGAGCCUCAGGCAUCACUGGCUCGUCAGCAGUACAAUGAGCAGUGUGAGGACGCCCUCAAUGAACAGAUCAAUGUGGAAUACAGUAUCUCCUACGUGUAUCAUGCCGUGCAUGCCUACUUUGACCGAGAUAAUAUCGCUCUCAAGGGACUAGCCAAAUUUUUCAAGGAUUCAAGUGUGGAAGAGAGACAGCAUGCUGAGAAAUUGAUGGAAUACCAGAAUAUAAGAGGAGGUAGAGUUAAGCUGCAGUCACUGCUGAUGCCUUUGUCAGAAUAUGAUCAUAUUGAAAAGGGCGAUGCAUUAAAUGCAAUGGAACUUGCAUUGUCUUUGAAAAAGUUGAACAAUGGGAAGCUUCUUGAUCUACACCAGUUGGCAAAUGAGAACAAUGAUGCGCAGCUCACUGAUUUUAUUGAAAGCGAGUUUCUUGCCGAUCAGGUUGAGUCCAUCAAGAAGAUCUCAGAAUAUGUGGCUCAGUUAAGAAGGGUGGGCAAAGGACAUGGUGUCUGGCACUUUGAUCAGAUGCUGCUCAAAGAAGCUGUGGCAGCUGCAUAACACAUAUCUACACUUAUAAACCUGGCCUACUUCUCCUCCGAUGCCUUUCCCUUUUAAUGAAGACAUGUCUCUUUUCUCCAUGCAUACUUCUACUCCCUGUUGGAAUUGGUUACAUUAAGCUUACCAUGGAUCCUGGUGAGCUUCUUCAUAUAGAACCAGUAGAUCAUAGAACCUAUGAUAAGAACAAGAUACAUAGUAUUCUAUUAUGAGAUGAUCGAUGAUGCGAAAUACAAA